CUUUUUUCUCACAAACAAGCAUGCAAAUCUUCGUCAAGACUUUGACUGGUAAAACCAUCACUUUGGAAGUUGAGUCUUCCGAUACUAUCGACAACGUCAAGCAAAAGAUUCAAGACAAGGAAGGUAUCCCACCGGACCAACAACGUCUCAUCUUUGCCGGCAAGCAGCUUGAAGAUGGCCGCACUUUGUCUGACUACAAUAUCCAAAAGGAAUCCACCCUCCACUUGGUCCUCCGCCUUCGUGGUGGUAUGCAAAUCUUCGUUAAGACCUUGACCGGAAAGACCAUCACUCUGGAAGUUGAGUCAUCCGAUACCAUUGACAAUGUUAAGCAAAAGAUUCAAGACAAGGAAGGUAUCCCACCGGACCAACAACGUCUCAUCUUUGCUGGUAAGCAACUUGAAGAUGGCCGUACUCUUUCCGACUACAACAUCCAAAAGGAGUCCACCCUCCAUUUGGUCCUCCGUCUUCGUGGUGGUAUGCAAAUCUUCGUCAAGACUUUGACUGGCAAGACCAUCACUCUUGAAGUUGAGUCAUCCGAUACCAUUGACAAUGUUAAGCAAAAGAUUCAAGACAAGGAAGGUAUUCCACCGGACCAACAACGUCUCAUCUUCGCUGGUAAGCAGCUUGAGGACGGACGCACUCUCUCUGACUACAACAUCCAAAAGGAAUCCACACUUCAUUUGGUCCUCCGUCUUCGUGGUGGUAUGCAAAUCUUCGUCAAGACUUUGACUGGCAAGACCAUCACUCUUGAAGUUGAAUCAUCCGACACCAUUGACAACGUGAAGCAAAAGAUCCAAGACAAGGAAGGUAUCCCACCGGACCAACAACGUCUCAUCUUUGCUGGUAAGCAACUUGAAGACGGCCGUACUCUUUCCGAUUACAACAUCCAAAAGGAGUCCACCCUUCACUUGGUCCUCCGUCUUCGUGGUGGUAUGCAGAUUUUCGUCAAGACUUUGACUGGCAAGACCAUCACUCUUGAAGUUGAAUCAUCCGACACCAUUGACAACGUGAAGCAAAAGAUCCAAGACAAGGAAGGUAUCCCACCGGACCAACAACGUCUCAUCUUCGCUGGUAAGCAACUUGAGGACGGCCGUACUCUUUCCGACUACAACAUCCAAAAGGAAUCUACUCUCCAUUUGGUCCUUCGUCUUCGUGGCGGUGACUCUGCCUAAACUAUCAUACAAUCGUACCCUGUUUUUUUUUUUUUUUUUUU